UGUGAUCUCACACUGGACCUAAACACAGUAUACAGAAUCCUCUCUCUGUCUGAGGAGAACAGAAAGGUGACAUGUAGGACAGAGAAGCAGACGUAUCCUGACCACCCAGAGAGAUUUGAGGACUGGGGACAGGUGCUGUGUAGAGAGGGUCUGACUGGGCGCUGUUACUGGGAGGUAGAGUGGAGUGGGAGAAUGGGGGCUGGUAUAGGAGUGACAUAUAAAGGAAUCAGCAGGAGAGGAGGGGUUAAGGACUGUUGUCUUGGAUACAAUGACAAGUCCUGGAGUCUGUUCUGCUCUGACAACCGUUACGCUGCCUGGCACAAUAAUAAUCAUACUACCAUAGACGUCCGCCCCUCCAGCUCCCACAGAGUAGGAGUGUAUCUGGACUGGCCAGCCGGCACUCUGUCCUUCUAUAGAGCCUCCUCUGACACACUGACCCACCUGAACACAUUCACCUCCACAUUCACUGAGCCCCUCUAUCCAGGUUUUGGGGUUUAUGUUGACUCCUCAGUGUCCCUGAAAUAAUAA